AUGGCCGUGGGGCGUGUGGUUUUGAGCUGCUCGGACCGCCAGGUCCUGGCCCGGGUCUUGGUGGUUCUGAACUGGGUCUCCGUGGUGACAGGUGCGGUGCUGGUAAGUGUGGGAGUGUACCUGUGGGCGGAGCUGCGGCGUUGGGAGGAAGUGAUGUCAGAGGACAUCCUGUGGUCGGUCCCAGUGGUCCUGGUCUGGACCGGACUCGGGGCCUGUGCCUUAAACCUGACCGGGGCCCGACUCUGCCUGGACUGCUCGGAUCUCAACCGGUUUCUGCGCUGGAAGCUGGUCCUGGCACCGUACAUGGGCGUGUCCCUGCUGCUCACCACUGGCGUGCUAUUGGCUGCGGCCCUCUCCCUUGGCCUCAACGCCAGCGGCCGAUUGGACGCCGCGCUGGAGGCAGGACUUAGCUCUGCCAUGAGACGUUAUAAAGACUCAGACCGGAACCUGGAACUUAAGACCCAACUGGACCUGGUCCAGAUCCAGAUGAGCUGCUGCGGGAAAGACCGGUACCAGGACUGGUUUAGGGUCCAGUGGGUCUCAGACCAGUACCUAGACCGGACUGACCCCCGAGUCCAAGAUCGUUUUAGGUCCAACGUGGCUGGACUUUAUUUGUCGGACUCGGUUCCAUUCAGCUGCUGUGACCCUGCCUCCCCUUGGCCCUGUCCACAGACACACCUGAGCUCUCGCCCUGCCCCUCACUUUCUGUCCCUCGUCCAAUCGUCUCGCUCGCUGGGGCUGUGGGGGAAGGGCUGCAGAGAGGCCCUGGGACAACACUAUUCGUCCAUUUUGAACCUGAUCAGCCUGACUGCGCUCGGAGUCUGGGGCUUUGAGAUGCUGGUGGUGCUGGGCGUGAGGUACCUCCAGACAUCAAUGGAGAGCCUGGUCCUUAUUGGAGACCCGGAGUCCGACAGUGAGGCCUGGAUCCUGGAGAGUAGUCUCUGUGAGACCCUCCGUGUCAUCAAGAGUUUAGGGAAGUGUUACCAUGGCAAUGACGACCCCAACAUCGACCGGCCAAUCACAGGCUCCGGAGCGCACCCGACCGACCAAUGAGACCAGAGAGGGAUGGAGUCUGUCUGCAGGAAACACAAAAGAACUCAGACCUGGUGCUUCAGCUGGACUCAACCUAGACCAGGACUGGACCAGGACCAGAAAUGGACCAGAGCUGGACCAG